UCGUUCAACAAAGCAAGUAGUCAACUACUUUAUUGCCGUUGUAUUUCAAUUACUCGGCUCCUUUCCCUUUCCUCCAAUCGGCCGUCAGUUUCUUCCCGGAGUCCCGGCGGCCGGAAUCUCAUCCUUCCAACUUCAGACCUUCCGACUUUACUAACCUUCUAUUUCUGAUCUUCUCCUUCUUACUAAUUCUAUCUCCUCAGGGGACAUUGAUAUCAUUUUAGGGGUCCCGAGGCUUCCAAAAUCAUGCAUCAAAAGUGCAGAUUAUAUUGUGAAGUGAGGCAGCUUACCCUUUUUUCUGAAGAGGAAGAGCAAGUCAUUUUUAUACCCUAGGUUUGCCACUCUAGAAAGAAAAACAUCAAUCACCAAAUUUAACUAUUUGCAGACAGACUUUUCUGUCUACCUUUAUUUGUUGGAUUUUUUUUGUAUGUGCCUUUUAUUUCAUUCUUUAAAUAAAAGCUCAACUUUCUAUCUGGGAAAAGAAAGAAUCAUCGCAGACACAUCCCAUUUAGCAUCUGACCAUGUAGGAGGAUACUAUACGAACUUGCCCGGACAUUGGAUAUAAAUGAUAGGUCAGUGCAAGAAAUGCUAUCAGCUGUAAUGAUUUGGCCUAAUGCUUGUUCCGUUUUUAUUCCUGUUUCACUAGGUAAAAGAGAAGUUGGUGGCCUUUUGCAUUAAUUUUCAGCAUGCCAGAUUAUUGAUCCUUCAAAGUUCAGAAUUUUCUAUCCCUGUAAUCAAGGAGUUCUUAGAUGAAUCAAAGGGAGCCGCAUUUCUUUCCUUGCUUGACUUCUGGAAUAUAACCAAAUAACCGAGGGCCAGAGAAGAGGACCAUAAGAUUGCAUCUUGUGUGCACGAGUAUUACUUUUAGUCCCUGAUCAUGCUUCGGGCUUAAAACUGCAUUAGCUACCUUAACGGCAUAUGUUCCAAUUAUUAAUUUGCAAUGGGCACAAAAUAUUGUAUACCUUCUGCGAUGGUAAAGGCAUUCUACUAAACCAUAGCUUCACAGAUUGUGAUAUUUCCUAUAUACAAUGGUUCGAGGAAGGGAUGCUUGUUGGGAGCAUUGUGUUCUUGUUGAUGCAACACGACAGAAGGUUCGAUGUAAUUAUUGUCAGCGGGAAUUCAGUGGAGGUGUAUACAGGAUGAAAUUUCAUUUGGCUCAAAUAAAAAACAAAGAUAUUGUUCCAUGUACUGAAGUACCAACCGAUGUUCGAGACCACAUUCAAGGUAUACUAAGCACUCCUAAGAAACAGAAGGCACCUAAGAAACCAAAGGUGGAUAUGGAAACUGCAACAAAUGGACAGCAACAUAGCUCCUCUGCUAGUGGUGGAAUCCAUCAUGGAUCCAGUGGUCAGAAUGAAAGCAACUGCCCGUCAACGUUUCCGUGCCUUUCACCAAGUGCACAACCACCAAUUGAUGAUGCUCAAAAGCAGAAGAAGGAUGAGACUGAUAAAAAAGUUGCCAUCUUUUUCUUCCAUAAUUCUAUUCCUUUCAGUGCUGCCAAGUCCUUGUAUUAUCAGGAAAUGGUGGAUGCAAUAGCAGAAUAUGGAGGAGGAUACAAAGCACCAAGUUAUGAGAAAUUAAAAUCUACUCUUUUGGAUAAAGUGAAAGGUGACAUACAUAGUUCUUACAAAAAGCAGAGAGAUGAAUGGAAAGAAACAGGCUGCACUAUCCUGUGUGAUAGUUGGUCCGAUGGACGGACCAAAUCGUUUCUAGUCAUUUCUGUUACUUGUUCUAAAGGAACGCUGUUUCUGAAGUCAGUCGAUACAUCAGGUCAUGAAGAUGAUGCAACUUACCUGUCCGACUUGCUUGAAACCAUCGUCCUUGAGGUUGGAGUGGAGAAUGUUGUCCAAAUUAUAACAGAUGCUACUGCCAGUUAUGUCUAUGCUGGAAGGCUUCUCAUGACCAAGUACACUUCCUUAUUUUGGUCUCCAUGUGUUUCUUAUUGUGUUAAUCAGAUGUUGGAAGACAUCAGUAAAAUCGAGUGGGUCAGUACUGUAUUAGAGGAGGCAAAGAUCAUCACCCGAUACAUUUAUAGUCAUGCGUCGAUUUUGAAUACAAUGCGAAAAUUCACUGGUGGAAAGGAAUUAAUCAGGCCAAGAAUUACUAGAUUUGUGACUAAUUUUCUCUCUUUGAGGUCCAUUGUGAUUCUUGAGGAGAAUCUCAAACACAUGUUUGCUCAUUCAGAGUGGCUGUCCUCGAUUUAUAGCAGGCGUCCCGAUGCACAAGCAAUUAUUUCCUUGCUGUAUUUGGACAGAUUUUGGAAGGAUGCACAUGAAGCUAUCAACAUUUGUGAACCACUUAUUAGAAUUCUGAGAAUUGUUGAUGGAGACAUGCCUGCCAUGGGCUAUAUAUUUGAAGGAAUAGAGAGGGCAAAGGUUGAAAUCAAAACAUAUUACAAUGGGUUUGAGGAUAAAUAUAUGCCUAUUUGGGAAACAAUCGACCGGAGAUGGAAUUUGCAGCUUCACACAACGUUACACACAGCGGCAGCAUUUCUUAACCCAUCUGUCUUUUACAAUCCGAACUUUAAGAUUGAUCUGAGAAUUAGAAAUGGAUUUCAAGAAGCUAUGUUGAAGAUGGCGACGACUGAUAAAGACAAAAUGGAGAUCACUAGAGAACAUCCUGCUUAUGUAAAUGGGCAAGGUGCUCUUGGUACCGACUUCGCUAUCUUGGGGAGAACUAUAAAUUCCCCAGGUGAUUGGUGGUCCGGGUAUGGUUACGAGAUCCCCACACUUCAGAGAGCGGCGGUACGAAUACUAAGCCAACCCUGUAGUUCUUAUGGGUGCAGUAGAUGGAACUGGAGCACAUUCGAAACCUUACAUUCAAAGAAGCGUAGUAGAGCCGAACAAGAAAAGUUGACUGAUUUAGUGUUUGUACAGUGCAAUCUUUGGUUGCAACACAUUUGUUCGACUCGGGAUAGUAAAUAUAAACCCAUUGUAUUUGAUGAUAUAGAUGUGAGUUUAGAAUGGCCUUCCGAGUUGGAAUGCUCAGCUCAUGUUUUAGAUGAUUCAUGGUUGGAUAAUAAUCUGCCACUUGAAUGUAGAGGCAGUCCUUAAAUAUUUUUAAAGCAAUCAGAAACAGAUAGUUGAUUCCUCUGAUUGCAUAUCAUUUCCAAAUUUUA